AUGGCUACGGGCGGCGGCGGAGAGCUGCGACCUCUGCAGCAAUUUCGCGAGGCCAUCGGUUGCACUCUAUGUAACAAAGAAGUACCAGCGGCGCCAAAAACCCUGCAUUGUCUGCAUUCCUUCUGCGAGGACUGCCUCGUACGAUACGCUAACGACCUUCCGGACGAUGAUCGGCGGCGCGAACUUCCCUGUCCGACUUGCGACGUCGAGCAAAAUCCGCCUCUCCUCGGGAACGGGAGCGAAGCUGUCGUUCAGAACCUACCGACAAACCUUUUCUUCGAGAACUUUUCGCGACACGUCGCGAGAGACACGGCGCGUCAUUCCGACCCGGGUUUGAUCCAGUGCGAAGACUGCGAAAAGGCGGGGAGAAAAGCGGACACGUUUUGCACCGUGUGUCGUAUCAGUCUUUGCGAUAGGUGCGUGGAGCGCCAUCGCGACGCUCGAAGAACGGAGAGGCACGAACUGGUGGAUAAGAGGACCAACCCCGCCCGACACGGACGCUGGAACUGCCCGCAACAUGAAAACGCGGCUCCGGGACACUGCAACGUGGAAGUGUACCUCUACUGCACGGAUUGCAGGGUUCUGCAGUGUCAGACGUGCAGGGCCACCCACGAGCCGGGCCACAGGUCAACGACUGCACUGGAGGCGUACAGAGACCAGAACCACGUCGACAGAGUCGCACAGCAAUCCGACGAGACGGCCCAGAUGGAGCGAGUCUUCGCCACAACGGUUGGACAGUUAGAAACCUUGAAGCAGCAGCUGGAAGAACGAAAGGGAAACGCAGAGGCGGAAAUUGACAGAAAAACGGAGGCUGUGCGUCAGGCACUGGAGGAGGAGAGCAGACGUCUCAAGCAAGACGCAAACUCCAUCUUUGAGCAGAAGACAACACAUCUGAACCGACAGAUAAGGCAACUGGAAGAGAUACAGGAAAAAUUCAAGCACUCGCUCUACAUCACGAAAGGUUCGCUAGAGUUUGGAGAAGCUGAAGACGUACUUCUCGUUGAAGAACCACUGGUCAGAGGCCUACAGGGUCUGCGUGAAAGAUUCCACAACUACGACCACACUCCCUGCGAAACGACAUGAUAAACUUCGAGGAGAACUAUCGCCCAAACAUGAGAGGGAUUUUGGGUCGUGUCCUAUCCGAUGCGACGAAUCCAGACCUGCUCAUUCCAGGUCUCGGGGGGAGACCAGUGGACACCCGCUUUUAUGCCGAUAAUCUUUGAUUGACGUCGUCUGACGAAAUCCUUAAUACCACCAGACAAAAUCCAUUACCCGUAUAUUAUAUUCUAAUGUGUUUUUAAACAUCAUCGGACAAAAUCCACUACCGGUUAUGCCAAAAUCAACUAGCUACUUGCAUUAUCUCCAUUAUCAUCACCAUUAUACACAUUCCAAUGUUUGGAGCAGAUUAAUGUGUCCUAAUGUGGCAGUGCUAUGAUGCUCACAGACUAAUGAUCAAAAUCACUAGAAUAUUU